AUGUACCUGAGGAGUGUUGCCCAUGUCCCUCACCUGCUCCGUGCUGGGAUCUGGCAGCACCCUCAGAGGUUAAUCCAGCGAGGUCGAUCUGGAUGGUGCCAUUACAAAGCUGUGAUCUUUGAGGCAAGCGGAGUGCUCCUCCCAUCCCCUUACAAGACCAUUGUGGACUGGGAGGCCCGGAACUGGAUUCCAGCUGGCACCAUCCAGCAAGCCAUGCUCUCUGGAGAGGAAACCAGUCCCUCCCAGAAGUAUGCAAGAGGAGAGCUGACACCUGUGGAGUUUUUGCAGGAACUGGGACAGCAGUGCUUUGAGAUUGCAAAGGUCCAUGUUCCAGUGGACUCUUUUCUCUUGGACUUAAUCAGAACUGAGAUGAUAAAACAGCUCCCCAUAAUGGCAGAAGCAGUACAGUGUAUCCGUGCAGAAGGCCUUAAGACAGCUCUUCUAAACAACAGCUUCUGCUGGCUGGAUGGGAAGGGCUUUCUGCCCCUGGACCCAAAGCACUUUGAUGUGAUGGUUGAGCCGUAUCGGGAAGGGAUGCGCAAGCCAGAUCCUCGUAUCUACAAGCUGUGCUUGGAGCGCUUGGGUGUUCAGCCCCAGGAAUCCAUCUUCCUUGACAACAGCAGCCAGAACCUAAGGGCAGCAGCCCAGCUUGGCAUUAAAACAGUGAAGGUUGAUGAUCCAGAAGCAGCUCUUAAAGAGCUGGAAACCUGUCUGGGUUUUCCAUUGCAAGGGUUUGUUCCAUAUACUUGUUCAGUGAGACCAGACAUGGAAAUCCCAAAAGAUCAUCUGCAGAAGUACCUUGAAAAUGUUUUUGGUGACCAUGCCACAGGCCCACUGGUGGUACGGCAGUUUGGCCGUGGGCAGUUGGCCAGGACCUACCUAGUCAAGUUUGGAGAUCGCUUGCUGGUGCUGAAGAAGGAGCUUUCUGACAGCCUGUGUCCCUUGGGCUCUGCUGUCAGAAGGGAAUACAGGUUGCUGAAGGCACUCGCUGAGGCUGGAGUUCCUGUUCCCACUGUACUUGCUCUCUGUGAGGACAGAAGCACCCUCGGCACAGCUUUCUACCUGAUGGAGCACUGUGCUGGCCGUGUCUACAGCGACGCCUCCCUCCCCACGCUGCAGCCCAGCCAGCGAAGGGCUGUCUAUGCUGCCAUGAGUCAGGUCCUCUCCAAGAUCCACAGUGUAGAUCUCAGAGCAGCCAAGCUGGAGGAUCUUGAGCAGCAUGGUAACUACAUUCAGCAGCAAGUUGAGAGCUGGACAAAGCAGUAUCGAGCUGUGGAGACUGAUGUUAUCCCAGCCAUGGAGAGACUCAUCCAGUGGCUGCCUCUGCAUUUUCCUGAAUCUCAGAAGACAACACUUGUGCAUGGUGACUUCAGGAUGGACAACCUGGUCUUUCAUCCAGACAGGCCAGAAGUCCUUGCUGUCCUUGGCUGGAAGCUUUCAACUCUAGGAGAUCCCAUCUCUGAUUUGGCGAAUAACUGUAUGGCCUACUUCCUGCCACCUCACUUUAGUGCACUCAGAGGCUUGAGGAAGUGUGACUUGGGGCAGCUGGAAGUCCCCACAGCAGAGGAGUAUGCCCAGAUGUACUGUGGCCACAUGGGAGUGGAGCACCCUGAGAACUGGAAUUUCUACCUGGCCUUUGCCUUUUUCCGACUGGCUGCAAUGCUGCAGGGACUCUGCAAACACCCUCUGGCAGGGAGGCCAGCCCCAAGUGAAAACAGCAAGGAGGAUGCACAACUCGUGGCUGAGCUGGCUUGGGAGUUUGCCGUCAAAGAAGGCUUCCGCGUGUUCGACAGCCUCCCCACUGCCACGUCUCUGGCACGGCGUUACAGCACCUGGGCUAGGCCAGGGCCAUUCCUCAGCAGGAGCUACAGCACCUGGCCACGACCUGGGGAGGCUCCUGUGCUCAAAGUCCCCCUGGUCACUGCCCCCACCAGCCUGCUGGGGAUGGCCCUGGGUCUCAGUUGCAAGCUGGAAAAGAUCCUGGCCAUCCAGUGGAGUUUCCUGAUUUCCAAGCCCAGAUGGGCUCCACACCCUCUUCUAGGUCUGAAGGUCUCUGGAGCAGAGCAUCUCAGCAGUGCAGCCCCCAGCCUGAUGCUUCACUCAGACCUGAGCUCCACAUCUGGCUGAAGGUUCACAGGACAGUGCUCUCCAAACCAGAGCUGAGCCACUAGCCACAGUGCUGGGGAGACUCAGGCAGCUGCUCUGGGGUGGGAGAGGUCAUCAUGUUAACAGCAGCUGGGGAAUCUGAGUUUGAGUGGAUCAAAGGUCUGGAUCUGGAGGCUGCAGGAAGUCAAUACCAGCCUUGCAGGGGGAAGCCAGUCAGGAAUAAGCAGGUGAGGCUGGAUUUGGAAAUAAAGAGAAUGGAGCAGGGUUCUCUCCUCCUCCAGCACAAAACCUUCAGCUACCUGCAGAUGUUCAGAGAAUUGUUGAUGGCAGGGAACUGAAUCAAGUCCUCUAGGACUCUGUCCUCAGGGAAGACAUUGGAGCUGAGGCAAUGCCUCUGAAGCUGGGAGGAACCAGGAGGUCUCUCUGACUGCAGUGGAUCUCUGUUUCAUUGGGGACCACAGAGGAUGCAGGCUGGAUCAGGGGGGCUUUCAGUGCUUCACAGAGGCCAGCAGUGAGGGGAAAACUGUAGGAAGAAUCAUGGUAAUUCCUGAGCUUUUUAUGUGUUGU